AUGACGGAUGCUCAUUGGGACGUCCGUUACCGGUGGGAACGCAAGCUUGUAUCCGAAAGCAAGAACACUUGCGAGUGGAAUAUCCGAUCAGGUGGACGCACGAGUGUGCCUGGUAAAUACCGAUUCGUUCACCGCGGAUACUCGAAGAAUUUACUUGGCAACCUGAAGCCAUACGAAUCGACGUCAAACACGUUCGGAGUUGCUGGGUAA